AUGAAUGGCACCCCCUGCAGCCUGGCCGUGCAGCUGUCGAAGGUGCGUGAGAGCGUCCUCAUCAUCUCCACCGACCCAGCCCACAACAUCUCCGAUGCCUUCGACCAGAAAUUCUCCAAGGUCCCCACAAAAGUCAAGGGCUAUGACAACCUGUUUGCAAUGGAGAUUGACCCCAGCCUGGGGGUGGCUGAGCUCCCGGAUGAGUUCUUCGAGGAGGACAACAUGCUGAGCAUGGGGAAGAAGAUGAUGCAGGAGGCCAUGAGCGCCUUCCCCGGCAUCGAUGAGGCCAUGAGCUAUGCGGAGGUGAUGAGGCUGGUGAAGGGGAUGAAUUUCUCCGUGGUGGUGUUCGACACAGCCCCCACUGGGCACACGCUGCGACUGCUCAACUUCCCCACUAUCGUGGAGCGGGGCCUGGGCCGCCUGAUGCAGAUUAAGAACCAGAUCAGCCCCUUCAUAUCUCAGAUGUGUAACAUGCUUGGCCUGGGGGACAUGAACGCCGACCAGCUGGCCUCCAAGCUGGAGGAGACCCUCCCCGUCAUUCGGUCAGUGAGCGAGCAAUUCAAAGACCCGGAGCAGACCACCUUCAUCUGCGUCUGCAUCGCUGAGUUCCUGUCGCUCUAUGAGACGGAACGCCUCAUCCAGGAGCUGGCCAAGUGCAAGAUAGACACCCACAACAUCAUCGUCAACCAGCUGGUGUUCCCGGACCCCGAGAAGCCCUGCAAGAUGUGCGAGGCCCGGCACAAGAUCCAGUCCAAAUAUCUCGACCAGAUGGAGGACCUGUACGAAGACUUCCACAUCGUCAAGCUGCCGCUGCUGCCCCACGAGGUGCGAGGAGCCGACAAAGUCAACACCUUCUCCAGCCUCCUCCUGGAGCCCUACAAGCCGCCCAGCGCCAAAUAGGGACGCGCGGCCGCUGCUCCGGUCUGGAUCAUUCCACUUUGUCAGUUACACACCCAGACCCCGCCUCCC